UUAUUACUAUGUAUGAAGCCUGGUCAUAUCAAAUCUCAAUCAGACGAUUGUUCUUUCGGCAGAAGUAUCAAUCUUCCGCUAGAAGUGUACCAAGAACAUUACCAAUUCAAUUAUCCCAAAUCAGAUGUAGUCAAAGACUUGCCGUCCCCGCCUAUAUUAAACCAAGGUCAAUGUGGCGUGUCUAAGAACGACCAAUCACAACAGAUUGUAGGUGGCAAAGACGCACCAGAUAAUGCCUGGCCAUGGCAAGUAUGGUUGAUUUUUUCUCACGGGAUGUGCGGAGGAGUUAUUAUUAACAGAGACUGGAUAAUGACCGCUGGACACUGUAAUGGCGGUGAUGUAGCUGAGGUAUAUUUUGGAAACAACAGCUAUCUAAAAGGCAAUAGAACUCGCACUAAAGCGGCGUUUGAACACGAUGCGGUUGAUUUGGCCCUUUUUAAACUGUCAUCUCCGUUAACAUUUACAGACUCGGUCCAGCCUAUCUGUUUGCCCGAAGGAAAUAUUUGGGACGCCUCGCCUUGUUUUGUCACAGGCUGGGGGGAAACCGGUCAUUUUAAUUACGUGCUAAACAGCCGUCUUCAACAGCUUCGUGUCAGAAAUUUGGACCAAAAUCUGUGCCUUGCCCACCUAUCGCUUUUUGGAUUAUACGAUAGAGAUGGAAUUUUUUUCUGCUUUAGUUCCACUGGACACUCUGGCAUAAGCAGCGGAGACUCUGGCGGACCAGUGAGCUGCAUGAAGAAUGGACGUUACUACUUGCUUGGAAUAAUCACCCAUAAUCUACCCUUGGAUGGAGGUUAUGUCGACUAUGCAGUUUCUGUCCCAAGCAAUAUGCAGUGGAUAACUGACACAAUACUUGAAAAUUCUUAA